AUGCAAAGAACUGUAUUUACAAGUCAAAGUUUUAAGUCAGUGUUAGGUGCAGUGAAUAGAAAUGGAUCCGUUACUGCAUGUCGGGAGCCAAUACGAUUAAUAACUUAUUUACAUUCUGGCUCUCGUGUACGGGGGCUUAAAAGAGAUCCUGCAAGUUACAUGUUAAACCCCUACGGGUUGACUUAUGAAUCAGUUAAUAAGAAAGUGGGGUCACAGGCAUCUCAAUUUUUUUCAAAGAUAAGGAAUCAAUUAACCUUUAAUAAAUUUGACAUUAAAAUAGACGAUCGUUUAUUGUUACAAUGUUUUACACAUAAGUCUUUUGCUCAUGGGAAGGUUCCAUACAAUGAAAAGUUGUUUAUUAUAGGUUCUCAUUUUUUGAAAGUACAAGCCUCUUUACAUUCAAUAAAGUCGACUGAUUCCCAAAAUUCUAGUGGGCUUGUUAAUGGUAUGAAUUUUGAUACACUAGGUUCUUAUGAAAGUAAGAAUUUAUUAGCAGAACCAAAAUUAUUUAAAUUUAUGGAAUCCUUAGGGUUACAUGAAUUGGUAUUUUGGAAAAAAAGAGAUGCUAGUGGUACUAAAAUCUUCAACGGUGAACCCAAAAUUGUUUCAUCUGUUCUAAAUUCUGUUGUUGGAGCAAUUCUUCUAACAAAUGGAGUUGAAAAGGCAUCGUUAUUUGUUAAUAAUUUUCUGCUUCGUGAACAUACAGAAUAA